CGUGAGCCCCAGGGAAUUCUCUUUGAGGAUACCUCUCACGGUGGGGCGUGGGGGUGCUCUAUCCGCCAAAUUUAGCUUGACGCGCUGCGCAGGGUGCACACACUUGAAAAGACUUCUAUCGCCACUCAUGUGGUGUGAAGCGCCGCGCACUGUCACAAACACAGUGGGCCACAGUGUUUAUUUUCCUUUUCUUGGUAACACCACCAAGAAAACCACUACCAUCAUCUUCGUCAUCAUUACCUUCGCCAUCGUUGCAAGAUGA